GGCGCUUCCCAGAGCCCGGCAGCCGGAGCCCAGCGGGUGCGAGUGACACCGGAGGGCAUCCGGCGCGUGCGCGGUGAGUCCAGCCCGGCGACAGGAUGCCGCCAGGAGGGCUGCGGGGAAACAGCUGCUGGACAGAUGAGAACCUGUGGACAUGGCUGACUUUGGAGCAGAUGAGGCCUCUUCCAAGGCAGAGAAUCCUGUGCAGGAAAGCCAGGGCGCGGAGGACAGAUCGCUGCUCCAUCAGAGGCUGGCCAUCAGAGAGCUCAUUGACACAGAAGCCUCCUACUUGCACACGCUGCGACUCUGUGCCUCUGACAUCAGAAGCCACCUACAGCAGCUGCCACCAGGAGAUCUGGACAUCCUGUUCUCAAACAUCGAUGACAUCAUCCAAGUGAGCAGCAGAUUCCUUCCAGGGCUGCAGGAGACAGCCCGCAGGGAAGAGGAGCAAGCGCACCUGAUUGGUAACUUAUUCCUGGAAUUCCAAGAGGAGUUUGAACAAGUCUAUAAAGUCUACUGUGCCAACUAUGACCAGGCCCUGCUGCUGGUCAAGGCGUACCAGAAGGAGCCAGAACUGCAGAAGGAGAUCCAGGGCAUCAUCGAAGCUGCCGUGCCACAAGCUGGACCUUCGGGUCUCAGUUUCUUACUUGUGAUCCCUCUGCAGAGGAUUACCAAGUACCCCCUCCUGCUGCAGAAAAUCCUGGAGAACACACCUGCGGAUGCCAGCACCCACCCUGUCCUUCAGAGAGCCACCUCUGCCCUCCAGGAUGUGAACAGCAAUAUCAACGAAUACAAGAUGCGCAAGGAAGUGGCCUUAAAGUAUACCAAAGUGGAGCAGCUGAGCCUUCGGGAGCGGCUGGCCCGCAUCAACACGCAUACUCUUUCCAAGAAGACCACCAGACUGAGCCAGCUGCUGAAGCAGGAGGCGGGGCUCGUAUCCCGGACCGAAGACAAGGAAUUUGAUGACCUGGAGGAGAGAUUCCAGUGGGUGUCUCUGUGCGUGACGGAGCUGAGGAGCAAUGUGGUGGCUUACAUGGAUAAUCUGGAGGCUUUCCUCAGCUUCCGGCCACACGAACAGAGCCUGGAUAUCCCUGGGGGACCUGCGGAACAGUACUGCAGCCUAGCGAGGGACCUUCAGCUCCAUGCCUUCCUGCAGUUUAAGCAACGGUUGAGAGGCCUAGUGUGGCAACCAUUGUGCAGUCUGGCCAGAGCCCUGGCUGGCCCUCAGAACUUGAUCAAGAAGCGUCUGGACAAACUCCUGGACUUUGAUCGAGUAGAAGAGAAGCUGUUGGAUGUGGGCAGCAUGACCUACGAGGAGGAGGCAGCCCGGCACGAAUACCAGGCGCUCAACUCCUUACUAGUGGCCGAGCUCCCACAGUUUAACCAACUAGUCAUGCAGUGGCUGGGUCAGAUCCUGUGCACGUUUGUGGUCCUCCAGAGAGAACUCGCCGAUCAAGUGCUACGAAGGGCAGAGAGCAGCAUGGCCCUGCUGCCUCAUCACCAUGUCUCAGAGCUGGACUUCCGGAAGCUGCUGGAGCACACACUAGGCCAGAGCAGCAGUCAGCUCCGCCUCUUUCAGGAGAACUUUGAGAAGGUGCUUCCAUCCUCCACCACUCAGACACUCCUUCCAGGGUCUGAACACCAGAUGCAGGCUCUCCUUACCAGAUAUGGCCCCGAGAAGCUAUACCAGGUGACAAGCAACAUCAACGGGACUGGGACUCUGGACCUGACCCUGCUGCGGGGCCAAAUCGUGGCCCUUCUACAAAACAAGGAUACCAAAGGCAACAGCAGUCGCUGGCUGGUAGACACAGGGGGACACCGGGGCUAUGUGCCAGCUGGAAAACUUCAGUCAUACCACCCCAUCGUUCCCAGUGAGAAGGAGCUCAGAGGCCAGGCAGAGAUGCAUGAAGACUCCUGGCUUCCAGCCCCAGAGCCCACCCAGCUCUCUGUUCCUGCUGUCCCAACCAUGAGUCAGGUGGUGGCAGCGUACCCUUUUGUGGCCAGGAGCCCCCACGAGCUGAGUCUACAGGCAGGCCAGCCUGUGACCAUCCUAGAGGCCCAAGACAAGAAGGGGAACCCAGAAUGGAGCCUGGUGGAAGCAAACGGACAGAGGGGCUAUGUGCCUUCCAACUUUCUGGCCAGGACCCCGAGCCCAACUCCCUGGGGCUGGAAUCUUCCCUCUUAGCAUGCCCUCUUUGGAACCCCCAUUCCUAAAGACUUAAAGGGUGUGUGACCUAGGGGGCAUGGCGCAAAGCACAGUGGGAAUGGGAUCAGCGCAAAAGGCACCCAGAAGUCAGCAGUUGAAGUAGUGACUAGGCCUUACAGAAUGCCUGGUGUGGGAGGCCACAGUGGGUGUUUCAGCAGUGCCACUCUGGUCUGCAUAAAGACCUGCAUGAUUAGCUAGGGCUUGCCACAGCUCGAAGCUCAUCCUACCUCUUCCGUCUCUCAUGUCUAGGAUGAAUGUUGCCUGUGUUAGUCGCAGGCAGGGCAUCUCUGAAGAAGACCAGACCUGCCUGGCUCGGUAGUACACUUCCCACAGCGUUGCCAGGAAACACCACGGCUCACCAGUCAUCUUUUCUUUCUUGCUGCUUUGAGUUACCGUGAACAGUGAAUUGUGGCGAGUCUUGCUCAAGGGGAAGCCACGGGCCUAGGUUCUAAGGAGAUCCUCUGCUGGGUCUGGGAAUGGGUGUGGUCUCUGCACAGGCCUGGACUGUGUGCACAAACUCGGAGGUGGUUCCAGGGAAGAGGGGGAAUUUGAGGGUGGAUCAGUGGGUGUGCGAGGCUGAUUGCAAAGGUCUAGACUCUGUUUUCUUCAGACUAGGAGACAAAGGAACUUGGCAGUCAAUGCUGGUGGAGCUCUGUGGGACAGGUGACUACUGGCCUGGUGCACUGGGUAGGCGAGGGAGAGUGUGAUUUCCUGGUUCUGGGUAGAAGAACCAGGGGGACACAGGUGGCCUAGGUUUGCCUCUGAGGCCCUGGAAGCUGAGGUUACCGGGAGCUGAGGUUGGGUAGAUGUGAGGUCUAAGACGUAGGACACAAUUGCACCUUUCCACCUAGGAGAAUAACCAAGUCGUGGGACGUGGUAACGAUGAAUGUCACGAGGCUGAAGAUCCUUGUCAACCAGGAAGCAUGACACUAACCAAAAGACCAUUAGUGGUGUCAGGAUGGCACAGCCAUUGGCUGGCUUGGGUUAGCAGAGUAAAGCAGUCCUGUGCCACCCCUCAUGCCCAAGCCAACAGUGUCCUUUUCCUUAAGCCCAGGCUCUGACUCCAGGCCCAGUCAGCAUGGAUUAACAAUAGACACACUUCAAGACAUGCCCUGUUAGGGGAUUUUGUUUUGUGUGGACAUCAUGGAGUGUGCAAACUAGCCAGGUUAUGACAUCACUAGGUGAUAUAAUCUCAUGGGACUAUGUCAUACACACAGAUGUUGUCUGCAGCUGGCUGUUGCCUGGCACGUGACAUUGAAUACAAUCUGGGUAGCCAAAGACCCGAUGCCUAGUACUUAGCAAGUCAUUUCUCAAAUCUGAAAGCAGAAACCCCUCAAAGUAGAGCCCAUUCCAGGUUGACAGGCCUACAGGGGCAGUGUUGGGUGUAGUCACUGCUGGGCAAUGUCCCUAGGCUGUUGCUUUAGGUCAAGAGUCAUUGGAAGAUCCCAAGACAGUGAAGAGGGUGAUCCACUGUGAUCUCUAUACAAUUGACAACUUUGGAAUUGACCUUCUUGAGAGACAGAGCGUAAAACAGGUGGCUACUUCAGCGUUUUCAAGACUACAUCUGCUUUUCCAACUCAAGUGCCUGUUUGUUAACUUUGGCUUCUGAAGGGCUCUUGAGAAAGACAUCCUUGCCUGUUGGGCUUGUUAAAGCCCCAACACUGUGAUGCAAGAGCAAGACUCUGCUCCCCCCCAGCUCCUUUCCCAACCUCAGGUUCGCCCACAAGAUGUUCACAGCUCACUUUCCUCUCUGUUUCCUUCUCGGGCUUCAGAUCAAAGUGGGAAGCACAGACAAACAGAUGAUAAAGCAGGAACGGGACCUGCAGCUUCCCCCGGUUUUUACUGACAGGUCAUUAUGAAACUGAGACUCUCUGGCUUGGGGUCCUUAGCAUGGCCUUUUGGUCACUGCUGCAAUGACCUGGGGUAGCUCUAAACUGAGCCCACCUAAAGAGAGCUGAUGUCAUUGAUCCGGGCAUGGUCAUGGCCUUAGGCUUCAGGAAGCUAACCAGGUGAUCUCACAUACAGCCACGCUGAGGACCUCUGCCCUUGACAUGCAGAGGUAACCAGCUAGACCUGGUCAGAGGUGGGAAAGGAUAAGCUAAGUUAUGCCAUCCCUGAGCCUUGUACUGGCUAUCUAAGCGGGAUGCUUUAGAAGCAGUUUGUGGUAGAACAGCCUCUUCUGUCAGGUCCCAGAAUAUAUAUUUAUGAAGUGCCAUUAAAGGGGACCUGAACAAAAUUGGAUAUUCUUGUAGGCAUAAGGGAGAAAAAUUAAAUAGACUUUGAACUAAGGCUAUCUCAUGAAGGAGAAAUAAAAAUGUAGUCAGUACAUGUGGGUUGUAGUUUCUCAGACCAGGGGAGUGAGAUUAAAAUCACUGGAGAGUGAGAGAGAGCUUAAUGAGAGGAUGCAGUGUGGCCUGGAUUUUCUCCAAGGAACUCUGUGUAAUGUGCCUUUUUACCCCCAAUGCCUAGAGUUGUUGCACUGUGUCUUAUUUAUUUCACUCUUGGGCUGUCACAUGCAGACUCACAACAGAGAAUUGCCUAAGAAUGGAACAGAGUUCCCAGGAGUCGGAGGGAGGAAUGGUUCGCAUGGUAUCGCCCUGCCACUCAAAGGGAAGUGGGAACUCUUUAACCCUUUGAGCUCCAGCUUCGUUUAGGAUACAAGGAGAUGACUGUAUUACCCAAGGGAAGAGGAGUGAAUUCUUGAGUCACGUGAUGAGCAUGAUGUGAAGUACUGGCAAUAAAGGACUUAGUAUGACUCCAGCCAUUGGCUAGUAUACCAUUCAUUCACCGUUCUUGCUAGAUAUGAAAUGGCACCUUGUUCAUUCAUAUGUUUAUUUGAGUGUCUACUAAAUACCCUUGAUGUCUCCAAGAUUUGGGCCUAGAUGCUGGGGAUAUAGCAAGACAUCAGACAGAUGGAGACAUCAGAUAUAUGGACUGUGCCAUUUUUUGAGCCCACAGUCAGGGCAGGGAGGCAGACAAGUCGGCACUCAGUUCUGUGAGUGUGUCAGAGUAGUGCAGAAGCUGGAGCCCAGGAGAGGUGUUGACCUCUGACCUGGACUUGGCAAGCAAGGAACGCUUCCCAAAGGAGGUGAUAGAUGACCUCUGACGC